GUUCAUGAACGGUAUGAGAUGAGAUUGCGCAGAAAACUACGAUACGAGGAAACAAAACGGUCUAAUCAAAGACGGGUUGAGAACUUGAAAGCUCUACUUGAGGUCGAGGUAAGUAUGGAGCCCAUUGUUUCACAGAAAAUUCUCCUCCCUAUCAUACCUUGGUUCUUGGAGAAGUACAAACCAUGGACUGUGAAAGAUGCCGUGGUUCAGCAUCUGUAUAUGGGACGAUCACCUCCUGUGUUCACAGAAAUGAGGGUUCUUCAUCAAACCACUGAUGACGACCACUUGGUUUUGGAGUUGGGAAUGAAUUUUCGGACUGCAGAUGAUAUGAGUGCAAUACUUGCUGUGAAAUUAAGUAAGAGAUUGGGAUUUGGAAUGCGGGCAAAGUUGCAUUUGAUGGGCAUGCAUGUUGAAGGGAAGGUCUUGAUUGGUGUAAAGUUCCUUCGUCACUGGCCUUUCCUUGGCCGUUUGAGGGUAUGCUUUGUCGAGCCACCAUAUUUUCAGAUGACAGUGAAACCUAUUUUCACUCAUGGGCUUGAUGUUACAGAACUUCCAGGGAUUGCUGGAUGGUUGGAUAAGCUUCUAGCAGUUGCGUUUGAGCAGACACUAGUUGAGCCCAAUAUGUUGGUCAUUGACAUGGAGAAAUUCGUUUCGCCACAGCAAGAAACUUGGUUCUCUGUGGAUGAGAAGGAACCAGUUGGUUAUGCAUUGGUGGAAGUUAUUGAAGCAGCUGACAUGAAGCCGUCAGAUAUGAAUGGAUUGGCCGAUCCAUAUGUUAAAGGGCAACUUGGUAAUUACAGAUUCAGGAGUAAGACACAAAGGAAAACAUUGACUCCAAAAUGGCACGAGGAAUUUAAGGUCCCCAUUUGUACAUGGGAGUCGCCUAAUGUGCUAGCUAUUGAAGUUCGUGACAAAGACCAUUUUGUUGAUGAUUGCCUUGGGGAUUGUUCUGUAACCAUCAGUGACCUUAGGGGUGGCCAGAGACGUGACAUGUGGUUGCCUCUUCGGAACAUUAAAAUGGGCAGAUUACAUCUUGCCAUAACUGUAUUUGAAAGCAACAAAAAGGUGUCAGAUCAGCCAAGCGAGAGUGAAACAUUAAAUUAUGAUGAUGAAAAAACCCCCAUUGUGGAUGAAAAAGUUCAUAAAGGUUCUUUUUCAUCUGGAUUGUCAGAGAAGUCUCCGAAAUUGGCAGAUAACUUUGAACCCAUUGACAUUGAAGGACAACGCGAGACUGGGAUAUGGGUGCAUCACCCAGGAAGUGAAGUUUCACAAAUAUGGGAGCCUAGAAAGGGGAGGAAUAGACUCCUCGAUUCACAAAUUCACGGGGAGGGUAGUGAUUGUAUUGGAAGUGUCAAAUCAUCAGCUUCUGGAUCCUAUAAUAAUGAAAGUAGUAGCACCGAUGAAAGCCAGGAAUGUAGUAAGGGAAAUCGGCCAAACAAAAUGAUGCGGGGUAUACAUAAGAUCGGUUCAGUAUUUCACCGGAGGAAUUCCAAGUCCAAAAAGGAGAAUAUGUCGUGUAUGAUGGAAGACCUGGUUCCAUCUCCGCAACCUAACCUUAAGGCAGUUAAUGCGAAGACAAUUGGCGUGAAUUUCAUUUUGGAUGACAACCUGUCUGCACCGUCUCCUGUUACAGUUGAGAAAAUGAAAGGUACAGAAAGUCCGGACAGACAUGUGAUGAAGGGCAUGGCAAAGAACAUUUUAAAGCAUGCUGGAAAUUCUGCUCGUAAUGUCAAACAUGCAUUUACUCCGAAAGGGUCAGGAAAAUCCCAAGGUUAUUCAGGAUCAGUGACAACAGAGAUAGAUGUUUCUGUGGAGUCAGAGUCUUCUGAUGAAGAAUCUCUUCAGUCAUCGGUUUGUGCCUCUGAAGGGAUUCCAGUUGUUUCCAAAGUCAUAUCAAGCUGUGGUAAUGAUUCUUUUAAAUCCGAAGAACUUAAUGAUCAGAAAACUCCAAGUCACCUUACAAUGAAUGUUGAGGACCCGGUAAAUAAGGAAAUUCUUGAAGGUAACGACAAGUUAGGUGAUUACCCAUCGGCCAGCUCUGAAGAAAAUGAGGAUAUAUUGAUCGAGUCUUCACUAAACCCCGACCUUUCUGAGAAAAGUUUGGAAGUAGAUAAAAGAUAGAUUUCUUGUAUAAAUUUAAAUUUUAGUUGGUGAUAAUUGUGUUGUAUAGUGAAUUUGCGGAAUCAAGUUAUGGUGAAGAUCAGGAAUGCUCCAUCUAGUUGCAUGUUGAUCAACUUGUCUGUAGAUUCUAUUAGACUUGGUGAUCUUGUUACAUCUCAUAGCUUUUUUAUGUGGUGAUUUGUGAGUAUUGUAUCAUUCAUUGUUUGCAAAUAUGUAAUUCCAACGAAGCUCGGAACAGUUAGUAAAUUUUGUAUGCGAAUGAUAGCAAUAAAUAUCAGAACAUUUAGUCUCGA